AUGGGCGAGGACUGCAUUCACCUCGCUGAGGUAGCUGCAGUCUCAUUCUUCUGCAACUCUUCCUCCUUUUCAGUCGUGCGGAUCGAAACUGUAGCUUUCACACCUGACUCUUUCACCCUCGACAACCUGCAGUCCAACACCACUUAUUAUCCGACUGUCAGGGCUGUGAGCACCGUAGUCGCCGUUUGCACUUCCACUGCUGAGAUGUUGGCAACACCUUCUGCUGUGCUAAAGUUGAGGAUGACAUUUUGA